AGUAGUGGUCCGCAGUGACGCCAGCGGCAGUUCGAGACCUCGAGUUCGACUUCGUCUCUGACCGGUGGACGUCAACACGUCGAAAACGGCAACAUGCCGGAUGACGAUAAGGAAUCCUCUGUACGGGUGGCCGUCAGAAUUCGUCCACAGAUACCGCGUGAGCUAAUCGAUAUGUGCCGGGUGUGCACACAGGUCACGCCUGGCGAGCCGCAGGUUUUCCUCGGAUCCGAUAAGGCCUUUACCUUCGACUACGUGUUCGAUAUGACCACAACGCAGGUAUCCGUUUACAGCAACUGUGUCGAAAAAUUGGUGGACGGCGCCUUGAAAGGCUACAACGCCACGGUGCUGGCGUACGGACAGACUGGCUCGGGCAAAACGUACACCAUGGGGACCGGCUUCGAGCGGGUAGUACCGGAGGUGCAGGAAGGCAUCAUUCCGCGCGCAGUACGCCAUCUGUUCGAGGGUAUCAGCCAGCUGCAGCAGAACCCGUACGAUGAGGAUGGCACCUACCUCGGUCCGCUAACGUUCACCGUGGAAGCCCAGUUUAUGGAGCUGUACAAUGAAGAAAUCAUCGAUCUGCUCAAUCCCUACAACAAAGGUGGCCGUGUAUUUAAAAUCUUCGAAGAUGCCAGCGGUGGCAUUGCGGUGGCCGGGGCGACGAAGAAACCCCUGACGGGGCCGCAGGAAGCGCUGAACUGCCUGCAGCAGGGUGCCCUGGCGCGCACCACGGCAUCGACCCAGAUGAACGAGCAGUCGUCGCGAAGCCAUGCACUGUUUACGAUUCUCAUCCGCCGGCAGCGGGUCCUGGCGGCGGAACAGUGCGACAGCAUGGAGAGCGACACGGAAACGCUUACGUCAAAGUUCCACUUCGUCGAUCUGGCCGGUUCGGAGCGACUGAAGCGUACCGGGGCAACGGGCGAACGGGCGCGCGAAGGAAUCUCGAUCAACUGUGGUCUGCUGGCGCUGGGCAACGUUAUAUCGGCGCUGGGAGACAAAACCAAGAAAGUGUCCCACGUGCCCUACCGGGACUCGAAGCUGACCCGGUUGCUGCAGGAUUCCCUGGGAGGCAACAGCCAAACGGUCAUGAUUGCCUGCGUGUCUCCGAGCGAUCGUGAUUUUAUGGAAACACUCAACACGCUGAAGUAUGCCAAUCGAGCGCGAAAUAUUAAAAACAAGGUACAGGUCAACCAAGAUCAGAGCUCACGGGUAAUAUCGCAGCUGAGGCGUGAAAUCGCCAGUCUGCAGCUGGAGAUGCUGGAGUACAAACAGGGCAAACGGUGCGUGGACGAUGAAGGCAACACGACCGUCACGGACGUCACGCUGGAGAACGAAAUACUGGUGCAGGACAAUAAACGGCUCCAGCAGCGCGUGAAAGCCAUGCAGGACACGAUCGAUUCGCUGACGGAUCGGAAUGCUUCGCUGCAGGCACAACUGAAGCCCCUGCCGUACAUGAGGACACUGGCCGGUGCCGAUGGUGCUCCCGACGGCAGUGGCAAACAGGAGGACAUGACGUCCAGCGGGGCCGAAUCUCCGAUGCAGGAGAUCGUGGCUGGUUACAUUUUGGAAAUCGAGAAGCUGAACGCCAAACUAAUCGAAUCGCAGCAGAUGUGUCAGCAGCUGAAAAAGGCACAACCGACCCAGUCCAAGCUGAGACUUCCGUUCCUGGAGGAUGAAACCGAAACGGUCAUCAAUCUGGCCAAACGUGAGCUCGAAAAGGAACGCGAGGUUCUGAUGUCCCGUUCGCUUCCGGGGCUGGAAAACGAUGGCGGGCUCGAUGCGGAAUCGGACAGCAACUCGGACACGGAAUCGGACGAUAAGGCAGAAGAACUGCGUGCCGAAAUGCUCGAGGUUAACUCGGACAUUGCGCUCAAGUCGAAGCUGAUUGAACAGCUCGAGCUGUCCCAGCAGCGCAUGCAAACGAUGCGCCAACAGUACGAGGAAAAGUUGAACGUGCUGAACGCCAAAAUCACCAACACGCAGCGCGAACGAGACCAGGUGCUGGCGAACCUAUCCACCGGGGGCGCUGGUGUGCCCAGCACGAAGGGCGUCAACAGUGCGGCAACCGAUAGCGCUGCGAAGCGGGUGAAGGAGGACUACGAGCGAAAGUUGUCGGAAAUGCAGCGCGAACUGAAGAAGUUGCAGUCCGCCCAGCGGGAGCAUUUGCGCAAGCAGCGCGAAAUGCAGGCACAGGAAGCGCGACUUAAGACGCUGCGCAGUGAGCUGGAGGAGCUGAAGCAGAUCAAGUACCGAUUGCAGAGAAAGAUGACGGAGGAAAACCUUCGCCAUAAGGAGCUGGAAAGCCGAAAGACGCGCGAAAUAGCGAAGCUGCGCAAGGAAAGCAUGAAGCUGGCGGGUGAGGUGAAAUCACUACAGGCUCAGGGCAUUGCCCGGGAUCAGGUACUGAAGCGCAAGACUGAGGAGGUUACGAACCUGCGGCGUACGCAGCGCGGCCAGCUGAGUCUGAAGGCGGCCGGCAGAGUGAACCCGCACCGGGCGGUCGGUUUGCAGACGGCCAAGAGCAUGAAAACGAAGUGGGAAUCCCUUCAGCGGACCAUCAUGCGGGCCGCCCGAAGCCGGCAGGCGGUGGUCGAACUGGAGCUGGAGCUCGAUCGGGUCAUUCAGGAGCGCAACAUGCUGAGCAGGGAUUUGAUGAACCUGCGCAAGCGCAAGAAGGACGGUGCCGAGUCGUCGUUGCACGAUCUGAUCUCGGAGGAGGACACGAUUAUAGCCAAUAUGAACUACUUCCACGAUACGAUCGGCAACCUGCAGAACUCGAUCAUCCAGAUGGAGGAAAGCAAGGACAUGUCGUCGGAGCAGGAGAUGCUGCAGAACAUAACGAACAACAUUUCCACCGUGGACGAGGCCAAGUUCCUGCUGCAGCGACUGUGCCAAACGACGAUCGGGCAAGUGUGUGAGGCGGGACUGACCCAGGCCAGGUUGCGCGAGCGGGAAGCGCUCUUGAACGAGGUGCAGCAGGAUAGCAGCGUCCAGGAGCAGCUGCUGCAGUACAUAUUGGAACGGGCGCCCGCGACGGCUACGUCGGAUGGAAGCUUCAGCUCGGCCCUGUCCGCGAACUCGUAUGCGAACGGUGCCGGAGCCAGCCUGCCAGAGGCUGCGGAUGAUCAGCAGCCUUCGUCGUCACAGCUGCGCACACAUGUCAUAGACUCGACCACACGGAGUCCGUCGCCGAGCACUAGCCAUACGGAUCUCGACACUAUUGUCACCUACAGGAACUCCUCGAAACAAAGACGAAAUCCCGCCGUGGUGCCUUCGGUGGCCACCAUUCAGGAUUUGCUGUACGGCAGCAGCUCCGGAUACGUCGGCCCGGGCGGCGGUACUAAUGGCGUUGGUGGCGUUGGUGCUUCACCAAUGGACCGGAGCUCGUUCGGAUUCGCCUCCACCAACGCUGCUGGCACCGUCGCUGGGGGAGCCGGCGCUGUCCAGGGCAGCAGUGGCGGCAGUAAGCUUGAGAAAGUGGGUAUUUGUAUUUAUCUCGAGGAUUCCGCAGAUGACGAUGACACGAAGCACCCCUUUCUGCAGGAGCAGCAGCAGCACGACAUAAUGUCCCGCUCGUACACGGUACUGGGCGGUGCCAUGGACCCAGUGGCGGCUGCCAGUGCCGGGUUGCCUACGGCACCGCCAGCGGUCCCCACUCGCACCUUCGUUCCGCUUUCACGUGUUCCCAGCGCACCCGGUUCGCUAAAAGGUCUGCAGCCACACCAGAGCAUAUCGCGGCAGAACAGUACCGCGUCCCCUCUGCUUUCUCGCAAAUCGUUCGAUGCAACCGGUGCUCCGGCGUCGCCGCGUAUAAGUCGCAGGACUUUCCCCAGCAAGGUGUCCCCUGGAAUCGGUUUGAUAAGCGACCAUCAGUUCAAGAGCUCGGCCGUGUACUACUAUGGCAAACAGUGAACGAUGCAUUCUGCAAAAUAACUUAAUUAAAAGCCCAUGUAACGAAUCCUCCGCAGGGCAUUAAACCAGCAACCAAUUGCCUUCAGCGAAUCAAUUGAACGCACUCGAAACUAACGCAACGAAGUUUAAUCUUUCGCAACCGGUGUUUCAACGCACCGUUAACAGAUUGCA